UGUUACCGUCGCUGCACUAGAAAGCAUCGAGCGCCAUGUUUGUGAGGAGUAACCACAGCGUGUGAAAAUUUUCCUUUUCUUUUUUUGUUGCUCUCGCCAACCAAUAUCACCAAGAACAAAACCGACGGAAAAAGAGGGGUAUCAAACUCUUUAGAACCAAUACGCAAAACAGUUUAACCAAAUAAGAACUCGCGUAAGGUUGAACGCUCUUGUGUUUUUUUCUUUUAAAAAAGAAAAAAUACUGUACUCUCAUCAAAUUUACCGUGAGAUUUUUUUUAUUUAUUUAUAUUUUUUUAUCAACAGUCACACCAGCAACGUCUCUGUUGAGACCCUCUCAGUCUUGACUGUUUGUGUGGGGGAAAAUGGCUUUUGAAAGCCUUUUCUCCAACCCCCCAAACACCAGUUGACAAAAUGAUGCUCUAAAUAUGACAGAGUCUGAGCUUGCAGGGGACGAAAGGGAGGAUGGGGAACUUGAGGAUGGGGAAAUCGAUGAUGAUGGACUUGAAGGAAAUGAAGUAAAAAAAGAACCAAAAGAGAGUGAGAAAGAGGACAAGUCGUCCCAUAGAAGGUCAAAGAAGAAGAGAAAACGAGAGAAAGAAAGGGAAAAGAAAAAAACAAAAAAGAGAAAGAAAGAGAAGCACAAGCGGCAUUCUCCUUCCAGUGGUGAUUCAGAUUUCAGUUAUGAUUCUGAUAUUGAUAAUGAAAGGUCAUACAAGAAAGGUCCUGUACCCUACAGGGAAUAUGAUGCUCCUUUCCCUCCGCAUGCACAAGGACCUGGGAAUUACAUGAAAUCCCCUGCACAGAAAUCUUAUAACAACAACAAUGCUGAUAACCGUGACUAUGCUGAUUAUAGUGACUAUAGUGAAGAGAAGUAUGAUACCUAUGAAGAUGAAGAGUGUGAUGACUUUGCAAAUGAACUGAAACAGUACAAGCAGGCAAAGGAAGCCUCAAAUGUUAUGGCUCCAAAAGGGUCAUCAAUGGGACAGAUGCGAAAACCUGGAAUGAAAGGUAUUAUGCAGAAGGGUAGAGGUCGAGGAAUUGGCCGUGGCCGUGCUAUGCGAGGACAACCAAAACAGAAACGCAAAACUUGGGGACCUGGAAGAGGUUCUGAUGGUGGUAUGAUGGAUGGUUGUGAUGAGGACGGUUAUGGAGGUGCAAAUUUUGCCCGAAAAAAGAAGAAAAGUCAAGAUUUUUCAUACCAUGGCACAGGUGAAAAGAACAGGAAAGGAGGCAUAUGCAAAUAUUUUCUGGAGGGCCGCUGUACAAGGGGGGACCAAUGCAGAUAUAGCCAUGAUGUAGCCAUUCAAAAGAAGAAAGAUAUCUGCAAAUUCUACCUUAAUGGAUUUUGUACCAAAGGAGACAACUGCAUUUUCAUGCAUGGUGAAUAUCCAUGUAAGUUCUACCAUACAGGAGCAAAGUGCUAUCAAGGUGAUAACUGCAAGUUCUCACAUGCUCCACUUACUGAAGAAACUAGGGAACUGUUAGACAAGGUGCUAAACAAUGAAAAUGUAAAUUACGAUGACAACAAAGACCACAGCAAUACCAAUGACUUUGAUAAUUAUGAAUAUGAUUAUGACUACGUAUAUCAUGAAGAUGAUGAUAAACUUGAAAUAGAAGAGCUUAGGAAACAAGGCAUAAGUCCUCUCCCAAAACCACCACCCGGUGUUGGUUUAUUACCAACUCCUCCACAGCCACCAAACUUUCCUGGUCAAAUGCCAAUGGGUCCACCUAACAACCAGCCACAACCCCCCUCUUCACCAGGGAGAAAGAUCCCCUCCAUCUUUGAUAUUGUUGUACAACCAACGGAUGUCUUUGCUCACAAAAUGGGACUGAGGCCCCAGUUUUAUAACAGCACAUCACCCCCACACGCUCCAUUUGAUGAAGACCAACCACCUCCCUCUCAGAUGUAUGGAUCAGGUCCAGGUCCUGAUCAAAACAUGAUGCCUCCAGGACCCAAUGGGCCUCCAGACUCUCCAGGUGGUUUUGGUCCUCCUUGCCCUGCAGCUCCACAUAAUAUGUCAGUUCCACAAGGUAUGCCUGGGCCCAUCGUACCACCAAAUUUACCUGGACAGCCAGUUUUACAGGACCAAGCUGAAGCACCAGUCCCUCCAGGACAUCCAGGUUUGCCUCCCCCACCAGGAUUUCCAGGUCCACCGAUAAAUCAAAGACCAAAUGGAGCUCCAGGUCAGAUGGGAUUUCAGGGACCUAUGAUGAACAUGCCCAUGGAGCAUCAGGUACCACCACCAUCACAAAGUCAGACUCACCCACAGUUUCCGUCUGAUGGAUCUCAGCAAAUGCAGCAAGAAGUUGCGUACCAGCAGGACAUGGCAUACCAACAAGAUAUGGCAUACCAGCAAGACAUCCCAUACCAGCAAAUCCAAAAUCCAGUGGACUUCUAUAGCUCUUACUAUUCGCAGCAAGCAGUGCAUAAUUUAGAGCAAGAAAACCACAUGGGAGAUGGAGUAUCAAAUUCAGCAUCUGAGCAGAGAGAUCAUCAGUCUUUCUUGGGCACAGAUGAUUCAAGAGAAAGUGACACUGAAUCAGAUGCCAGCAGUUCAACAGGUCGUAAGCCUACUGUAAAUGUUCCAGACUUCCUCCCAGCCAAACAAAAAGCUCUGUUUCUCAGAAUUAAGCAGAAGCAGCAGGAAGAGGGAGGGUCUGACAAUAAACAGUCACAGUUGCUACAGAGCAGAGAUGAAGAUGAGACUGUAAAUUGGUAUUCAAGUGAUGAAGAGGAGGAUGGUAGCAGUGUAAAAUCAAUAUUGAAAACACUUAAGAAGCAAAGUGAGACUAUGAAGAACCAGCAACAUUCUACAACAGAGCAGGCAUCUUACAUAUACAUGGACCCCAGACUUGGGAAAGAAAAGUCCUCUGAAAAUAAACAUUCAGAUCUUCGAUCAAGACCUGACUUGCGUCAGGGUACGGCUGGAGAAGUCAAGAAGUCUUCAGAAGUAGUCUCUGCUGAUCCAAGAUUAGCAAGAGAUCCCAGAAAGAUGAAAGUACAUGAGAGUGCCAGUAUAGGCCUCUCUGUCAGUGAGAGUCCUAAACAUGAGUCUCAUCCUAUAUCAAACAAGCAGCAAGGGCUGGAUGAUGAUGAAGAUACAGAACGAGAACUGAGGGAGAAAGCAGCUAUAAUACCUUUGGAGACUAUACCUGGUGCGACCUUGCGGGAUCCACGCUGUCAGCUGAAGCAGUUUAGCCACAUCAAGAUGGACAUAACUCUGUCUAAACCCAACUUUGCAAAACUUGUCAUUUGGACACCUGAAGACCUCCUUCCCUUACCUUUGCCAAAACCAGAUCCAGUGUCUUCAAUAAAUUUGCCUCUCCCUCCACUAAUAGCCAAUCAACGCCUGAAUAGAGCUCUGAGUAUUACAAGUGACUCUCGUCAGAUUGCUGACCCACGGUUGUCUGCGCGGUCUAAAGAAAAUAGCGCAACAAAAAGUACAGAAAAGAACGUGGACCCGAGAGCUGCUUCUGAAAGACCUUUAGACCCACGAUUACAGAAGUCAUCAGAUCCAAGACUGCAGAAAAGCAACAGCACCGAUACUGCUACAAGAGAGUCCCACAUUACACGAGCAGAUCCUCGCUUAUCAAAAGCAAGUGGUGGUUCAUCACAAGUUACUGUUAAGAUAGAUCAGACCACACUUCCUCCAUAUGCUCCCAAACUAUCUGCAGGUGGCAUAGGAAUUGGAUCGCCGAGCACUCUGCUCAGUGGCAUUAGUCUCUAUGAUCCACGGACCCAGACUUCACAAAGUUUAGUGACUUCAGUUUUAACUACACAAGCUGAUUCCUCUAAGGAAGGAGAGCAAGUGAAAAAACUUAAUGUACCAAAAGAUCCCACAAAAUCAGAAACCAUUCAGUGUGAUUCAUCAACAAUGUAUAAAUCUUCAGUGGUACAGGAAAAUACUAGUGCGGAGGAUAUGACCGAGCUCGGUCCAGAGAAAUCAGACAUUUACAAGCCGCAGUCAAAGACUGGAGCUGUCCAAGCAGCUACUGCUUCUGCUCCUGCAGUGCAUAACCUACCAAUCCAGGCUUUAGCUGGCCUAAUUAGACCACAGUACAGUGACCCAAGACAAACUAAACAUUCUGGACCUUCUAACCAAGUGGAGGAGGAUGAGUUAAACAGUAAAAAGGGUAAAAAACCACUGAAAGAAAUGUUCAAGACUUUUGAUCCAACAGCAUCGCCCUUCUGUUAGCACCCAUUUUUUGAAAGACUGAUGUUCAGUGUGUAUAUUGUAGCUUGUCCUGGUUCUUUAACUUAUUUGGCUUGUUGAUAGUGUUUUAUUUAUUUUUUUACUAUGUACAGUCUGUUUAACUGUUCAAAGAAAUGCAUGCAGUGGCACAUGCCAGACUGUGUGCUAAUUUUCUUUUGGUCUGAGUACGUAAGAACUACAUUUUGAAUGAAUUAUUUUUUAUGAUAUAUAUAUGUAUAGAGAGAAUAUACCUGUGACCACAUUUAAACUUCUUCCCGGUGAAGUAAUUGUUUUUCCGUGUACUGAAAUUGCUUAAAACCUAUUGUACAGUUCUUGCGUUCUAAGUUAUUUCCUGCUUGGGUAUUGUGUGAUUAUGUAUUAUUGAAGUAGUACACUGAAAAAAUGUGUAUUGUUUUUAGUACCUUAAGUAAUUACUUUUUUUGUUUUGAGAGUUAAUCUUAAAAGAGAAAAAUGACUGCCACUUUUAUAUUGUACAGUUUCAAUAGUACCACUCCGGUGAUGGUAUAUUUAGUCAAGAUCCUAAUCAAUUUGUGUUUCAUUGUUUAUUGAUGCUGUCAUGCGCGCACUGCAGUUUUGUUUUAAAUUGCUUUGAAGUUUUGUCACAAUCAAGUGUGGAACCAUUAACAGUUACACUGUUCAGAUAUUGCACUGUACAUCUUAAGUAUUUCAAUUUAUUUUUGUUUAGCAAAUGUAAAAGCUGAUCAUCUGUUUUUAAAUUGGAAAAUCAACCUGAAUCAUGUCAUAAUUUACUGAAGAUCAAUGUACACAAUCUAUAAAACAUUUAUUGAGAACUUUUUUGUUUGGUCUAGAAUCAGUCUGAAAUUUGAACAACUACUCAUCCAUGCAAUACAAGGAGCUAAUGGUGGAUUAUUGUGCAUUAAUAAGUUUCUGAACUUGUUGUUAUGUAUGACACCGUAUUUUCAUAUUGAGCUACUGAGAGCUUUAUAAACAAAGCCUAAUGUAAAAGUUUUUUUUUGUACAAAUGUAUUAAAACCUUUUAACGUAUAUUUUGUAUCUGUGAUUUUUAAUUAUGCAAUGAUG